UCUCUUGCGAAAGCGUGUGGCUGGUUUACCUCCCAGGUCAGACCAUUGGGCAGCCAAACAGUUCAGCCCUGUGCCUGGGAAACUACAGCUCUCAGGCAAGAGGUCCUUUUGAAAAGGAAAGCAAAGAUGAAAACCUGUACUCCAUUCACUGUGGUUGUCCUGGCUUUGACUUUGGGCAGUGGCUGUGCUAGGAUGAACCACAGUUCUGUGGAAGGAAGAGGCUCAGAGGAGGAAUUCUUUCCCCCCCAAGUGUUUACUGAGGAUGGAAAGCUGUGUAAGUUUCCCUUUCGGUAUGCUGGGAGGAUGUACCAUUCAUGUCUAUCAAAUCUGUUUUCUCUAAAGAAAUGGUGUUCAACUACACACAACUAUGAUCGUGACAGGACCUGGGGCUAUUGUGCCUCUGCAGCUAGAAAGCAAAUAGAUUAUUGUGCGAAGAACCCAUGCAAAAAUGGAGGGACCUGUUUCACUGCGUAUGAUCGUAGUUAUUAUCACUGCACAUGUCCUGAGGAAUUCACAGGAAGAGACUGUGAGAUCGGGAAAUGCUUUGAUGAGAGUCUCUAUGAGCACUUUGACCUUGGUGAAAGCUGGGCAAGAGUCCACCGAGGAGCAGUGGAGCAGUGCAUGUGCGUUAAUGGCCAAAUUGAAUGCCAUGCUGCACGAUACACAGAUUGUAUCCAUGACCCCUGCUUCCAUAACAGUUCCUGUAAGAAGAUUUCCUUUACUGGGCAAACUGUAUGUAGUUGCAGAGGAGAUUAUGUAGGAAAAUACUGCAAUAUUGUUCCUAGGCAUCCAUGUUACACGGGCAAUGGUACGGAGUACAGGGGCAUUAUGAAGAAGACCAUUUCUGGACACAGUUGCAUUUCCUGGAAUUCAGAUUUGCUUUACCAAGAGCUUCAUGUUGACACUGUUGAAGAAGCGGUGCAGUUAGGCUUGGGACCCUUUUCAUAUUGCAGGAAUCCAGAUAAUGAUGAGAGGCCCUGGUGCUACAUCCUGAAGGACAAUACUUUGUCUUGGGAAUAUUGUAACAUUCCAUCCUGUGGAAGCAAGGGAAGGAUGCCGUCACCUGCAGAUAAUGUGGAGACUUUUGCAGUUGUCAGAAGAGCUUGUGGGAGAAGACACAAAAAGCGAAUUUUUAUAAGACCUAGGAUUAUUGGGGGAUCUUCCUCUUUGCCAGGGUCUCACCCAUGGCUAGCAGCCUUAUAUAUAGGAAAUAGCUUCUGUUCUGGGAGCCUAAUUCAUUCUUGUUGGGUAGUGUCAGCUGCACAUUGCUUUCAUAACAGUCCACCAAUUUCCUCUGUAAAGGUUGUUUUGGGUCAGCACAGAUUUAAUAAGACAACAGAUGUAACACAAACAUUUGAAAUAGAGAAGUAUAUCUUUCAUCCUGAGUUCUCAGUUUUUGACCAAAGUGAUCAUGAUAUUGUUUUGAUCAAGCUGAAAAAGAAUAACCAGCGCUGUGCUGUCAAGUCUCAGUUUGUGCAGCCCAUCUGCUUGCCAGAAAGCAGCAUGACCUUCCCUGAUCAACACAGAUGUCAGAUUGCUGGAUGGGGACACAGGCAUGAGAAUGCAUCCAAUUAUUCAGAUGUUUUGCAAGAAGCAUUGAUUCCAAUUCUGCCUGAGGACAAGUGCCGAAGUGCUGAAAUUUAUGGAACUGAAAUCACUGAAAAUAUGUUCUGUGCAGGUUACUUUGAUAGCAAAUCCGAUGCCUGUCAGGGAGAUUCUGGUGGAGCUCUGGCCUGCGAAAAAAAUGAAAUCACUUACCUCUAUGGAAUUAUCAGCUGGGGAGAAGGAUGUGCCAAGUUCAACAAGCCUGGAGUUUAUACCCGAGUGACCAAAUACGUGGACUGGAUAAAUGAGUGGAUAAGACCCCCAAAACCUCAAUAGCAGAACUUUCGUGUUGUACAUCACAGAUCCCAAAAGUGUUUUGAAUGUUGUUGUAAUGCCAUGAAUAUUGUGACCUACAGUAAUGUAUGAAUGGUCCUAAUAAUUCUUAGCAAUUAUAAACUGUACUAUUAAUAAAUAAGCCUAACAGAUCUGAUGUCAAUAAACUGUAUUUUUUUAACUCAAA